UCGCAACCCACCAAACCCCCCGCCCCGAAUCCCGAUCUCUCCCUGCCGCCCACCACCGCGGAAGAACGGCAGCGAAGUUCACCGACGGAGGCAACUCCUCAGCCAAGCAGUGAGCUGAGCUGAGCAGGGGAAAUCAAGCGCGAGCAUGGAGGCGGCGGCGGCAGCAGCAGCGGCGGCGGAGAAGAGCAGCACGGUGUGCGUGACCGGCGCGGGGGGCUUCGUGGCCUCGUGGCUCGUCAAGCUCCUCCUCUCCACCGGCCGCUACGCCGUCCGCGGCACCGUGCGCGAUCCCGGUGAUGGCAAGAAUGCUCAUCUCUUGGCGCUGGAAGGUGCCGGCGAGAGGCUGCAGUUGGUCAAGGCUGACAUGCUGGAUUACAGCAGCGUCGCGUCGGCGGUCGCUGGUUGUGAGGGUGUAUUCCAUGUUGCCAGCCCUGUUCCCUACGGCCAAUCCUCCAACCCCGAGGCAGAUGUUAUAGCUCCUGCUGUAACUGGCACACUGAAUGUGCUGAAAGCAUGCAAGGAGGCAGAAGUGAAGCGAGUCGUGGUGGUGUCUUCAGUUUCUGCUGUAUUCAAUAAUCCAAACUGGCCUAAGGGCAAGGCCUUUACUGAGGACAGCUGGUCAGAUGAGGAGUACUGCAGAAAGAAUGAGGAAUGGUAUUUCCUUUCUAAAACACUGGCAGAGCAUGAGGCUUUUGCUUAUGCAGCAAAAACUGGGCUGGACAUUGUCACUAUUUGCCCAUCUUUGGUAAUUGGACCGUUGAUGCAACGUACAGUAAAUACGAGCGUUAAAGUCUUCCUCAGUUAUAUCAAAGGGGACCAGGAGACAGUUCAAAAUGGAUUCAAGAAUCUAGUGGAUGUUCGUGAUGUCGCUGAUGCCCUUUUGUUGGCAUACGAAAACCCGCAGGCGUCUGGACGGUACCUCUGCAAUUCACUGCCAAUAAGAGUCUCUGAUAUUGUAAAUAUAUUAAUAAAGAGCUCAUUUCCAACAUAUACUUAUCCCAAAAACUUCGUUGAAUUUGAAGGCGGCUACACAUAUGAUACGGAGAAGCUUCGGAAGCUAGGGUGGACCUACAGGCCUAUGGAGGAAACCCUCCGGGACAGCAUCGAAUGCUACCGACGUUUGGGCAUCCUGAACUGAGCAUCCAUCCAGCUGGGUCACCUUUGCCAGGUUUGGCUGCUGGUACUAGCAAACUGUUUGUCUUAACAUGUAAAAGGUGUGGUGACGGAACGGGACCAGUUAGGGCACCAUGUGAGGUAGUACAUUGGUUAAGAUUCAGAACACCAUCGUUUCAGAGUUGUCUGCAGGGCUGCAGGGCAUGUAUUAUUCUACGGGGCGUUACCUGUUACAUGUUGUAAAUUUGCGAGUUGAACUGCCGAUUCAGAGUUUUCAGGAGCGAAUUCAAGAGUCAGAUCAGUUUCUUGCCCAAAUA